AUGGGUUCAACAUCUAGUCGACUCGGGUCUCGUCCUUCUCCUCCAAGGGUCAACAACCAUCGCUUCAGAUUCUCCUCCUUUCUCUGCGGCUCCUCCACCUCUCGCUCUAUCUCUCAGAUGGAAGACCAUCAAUAUGAACAGCUUCAUGUUGAUUCGGCUAGACAUUUUAAUGAUGACAUUCAGAAAGUCCCUCUUGAAUCGUCAUUAUCAUGUACUGAAGAAGCUAGAAUAAGUUGCUGCCCUCAUGCUGAAACUUCAAUCUCAACCAAUAUGAGAACUGAGUUCCGCGGGAAUGCUACUGUUGAAGGUUCUGAUGGGAAUGAUGCAAUAAGUAAUCAGAGGAAUUGCUUGUCUGAUCAUAAGGAACUAGUUUCUCCUUAUCAGGUAUGUGCUGGUCAUAGUCAUCCUGAAUCAUAUAGUGAUGGUAACAACACUGCUAGUACUUCAUUUGUUGAACAACGGUCUUCAGAUCCAGUCUCUGUAAAUGAUUUUACUAACAUGGAUAGAAUCAAUAAUGUUGAUGAUCCAGUGUUUAGUGGUGUCUCUCGAAUCUCUCAUCAUGAGACCACGCACCCAAGGAGCUCAAUCUCUCAAGAGCAUGGAAAUGCCAGUUCUGGUGAAAUUUCUAUUGAGGUUGACACAAAUUCAGGCAUAUCUAUCCAUAGUUCUUCCACUCAUGUUGCUCAAGCGUCGAAUGCACCACCAACUCCUGAAGUGCCAGAAGAUGAAUCUCGUCGCGAAACGAUACCUUCAGGUUUAGGUAUUCUUGUGUCCAAUCGGGAAAUAGUUCAGGGAAAUGAUGGUAUGUUUCAAGUGGAUGUAGUCGCAAUAUCCUCCAACAUUUUGUCUGGAAGCAAUGCAGAUGCGGAUGAUGAUGAAGCCAGAAGGAAUGGUAGAAGGUUAUUUUGGGAUGCUUUUUCACAACGUAGUUCUAGAAGGUUUGGUGAUUCUCCAACCAUCGUUAUCUCCACGGGAGGCACUGAUGAUUUGGGAUCUCAAGAUCGGUGGCAGGUUGAUUUUGAUGAGGAUUUAUCAAAUGACGGGCUUGGACGUCUGCCCAGAUAUAGGGGCAGUAGAAUUCGCAGAUUGAGUGAAAGAGUGCGACACUCAAGAUCUGAGAUCUGGGAAAGACUUCGUGGAGGCCUUGAUGAGAUUGGACGGUUGAACUCUUCAUGUCCAUUAGGACUCCACGCGGACGGUAUGUGCUCGUGUGAGUCAUUCCCAAUGGCUGAAGAAUCUAGCUCUCGGUCAAGUAUUUCAAGAAUAGUAAUGCUAGCUGAGGCUCUGUUUGAGGUUUUAGAUGAAAUCCACCGACAACCUUCAUCCCUUUCCUUAUCCACGCUCUCACUCCCUGCACCUGAAUCAGUCGUGGACUCUUUCCCUCUGAAGUCUCACAAAAAGGUUGAUGCAGCUGAUGGAGGCAAUGAUGCUGAACAAUGUUACAUAUGCUUGGCGGAGUAUGAAGACGGGGACCAAAUACGUGUUCUUCCUUGCAAGCACGAAUAUCACAUGUUGUGUGUCGAUAAGUGGCUGAAGGAAAUACAUGGGGUAUGCCCUCUGUGUCGAGGCCAUGUUUGUGGAGGCUCAACAGAGGCGUCAGUUCACUCAGAAGUGCAGUCAAUAGUUGAAAUUUAG